AUGGAGCUGGGGGGUUCAAUAGCCACGCCGCUACCGCCGCCGACUGUCGCGGACGGGUGGGGGGGCAAGCCGGCCCUCCAGCACUACCCACACCCUUCUGAUGCAGCUGCGACCGCUGGUGUGGGAGUCCAGAGGUGCGAGUGGGGUCAAACGACGCAGCAGGUUCGGCGAGAGCGUCAGCAGCAGCCACAAGAGUUCCCUCCCGCUGUGUUAGCCCUGCAGCUGCAAGAGUGGGGCGAAACACAGCAGCAGCAGCCGCGGCAGGAAGCAUCCCCAACCCUCAGGCGCCAACAGUGGGGGCGGGGUGCCAGCGCGGCCACGCACUCGCUGGGCGGAGGUUGCUUGCGUGACGAUCAAGAGGCAGGACACGACCAGCCCCCCUUCGUGAUGAUGGGCAUGCUGGACGACAGCCGAGCGCUCCUGCUUCCGACGACUAGGGAAAGGCGGGAGGUAAUGGGGUCGCUUUCUUCGGCUUCAGUUCCUGUUACGUGGACCGACAGCACCGGCCAGUCGCGGACCGCGAUCUUGACCCGUACGAAAGCCAAGCCGAAGCCAUGCAACCCUCUUCCCAUGCUGGCCAACCUUCUGGCGUGGAUGCGAGAGCUUCCGCCGGGAGCCCUGCCCGAAAACAGGCUGCGCAUACGCCUAGAAACUCUGUUAGCGCUGCAAUCUCCGUCGAAGUCUGUGUCCCGGCAAAGCAGCACCAUCGGCAAAAACACCAACAGCAACAGUGGCCAUACUAACCGCGACCGUGGAGACACCACCACAUCCACCGCAACCGCCACCAACAACAACAACAGCAAUACCACCAGCAACCACGAUGGCAGGGCAUCUGGUGGCGGCGACGGCGAUGGGGACCUCUCCCUAGGGGCGGCUUGGUUGUUGGCUCACCUGAUGUUCGGCAUGGACGGGGGCGGCAAGGCAACGGGGCCGUUCGAGCGUGAGAUUCUCAAUGGCAAGGUAAGCCUCUCUGGCGCAGAGGCAAACGCGAUGCCACUUCUUCUGUGCCCGCUGAUUGGCUGGAGCCCAAGGCCUCGUGAAGUGAUCCAGGCGAUGUCCGAAGGGGCCGGCAUCUUGUGCGCCUACUCGGUAGAACUUGCCGCCUUCGAGACGCAAACGGGGAUAUGCGGCAAGGCGGCGGACGAGCUUGUCCACGCCGGGUUCGCCCGGAAGGUGGAGUUCGGAGAGAUGCUCGCCCUAGAUCAGAAGAUGGAGGACGCGUGCGAGCUGGUGCUCAAAAUCUUCCUGUGCAACUGGGACGUAGACCGGGAAGUGCGUGCGCAAGUUGCCUUGGGGCUGACAAAGACGGGCCCCGUGGCGAGCGGGCUGUGCCCCCCCGACAUCCCUUCCCUCUUCUCUGGCCGGCAAAAAUGGAGGAGUUCCACUACGGCCGUUAGGGGGGGCGAUGAACGUUCGAGUUGCCGAGGUCGCAUGGGUGGGCUUGUGGGCGACCUGUGCGUCAGGCUUCACUCGUGGUGCCACCAGGUGAUGCGAGCGGGCAGGGACUUGCGCGUCCUGCUCCUGCUGCAAGUGCUGAAGGGCGAGACCGCAGGUGAUCUGACAUCCCAACGCGAGUGGACCGGGCCCAUGGCACAAGCGUUCGGGCUGUUGGGAGGAGCCGAAGUCAGCUAUCACAAGCGCCACAGAGACAGCAUUGGCGGGACUGCCAGCGCCGGCUGGGUGGCAUCUCUGUCGAAGGAGGAACGGCUGCUUGAAGUGGCAUGCUUGCGGCUGAAGCAGGCCAUGAAAUGGGUCCUUGUGGUUGUCCGCGGGCUUGCGGAAGAAUCGCAGAAGAAAGGAGAGCACGACGAGGCCGUCUUGAUAUUCCGCCUGCUGGUGCGGCGCGACCAGGGCUUGGCAGGACCGAUGUACAGGGACACAGCGCCAGACUUGGUGUGGGCGGCAGACUGGGUCACCUGCGACCAGAGGGGAUUCGCGUACACGAGGCUGGCGAUCAACCUCAAGACUCACCUCAAGCGGCCCCGAGAAGAGCAGCUAGACGUCGUCAAGGCCGCGUGUGACGACGACUGCGUUCGAGGAGGGGACAGGGUUGAUCUCUGGGAACGGUAUCAAGGCCUGCACAAGAAGUGCGGCGACCGACAAACCGCAUCGCUGAGGGGGCGACAGCGGAGCCCCCUUUGGGACCCCAAGGUCGAGGACAUCCACCCUCCCGUCGAGACUCAGAAACAGGGCAGCCAGGGGACCCUCGGUGAAAAGGGGGGCCGCAAGCUCUACUACUACAACGACGCUGCCCCCGGUGAGCGGCGCUGGAGCGAGGCCCGGUCACAUAACGUCGAGGAGGUUGUCAUCAGGGAGAGGUACUCUGCCGGUGGUUGGCUGGGCCUGCACGGUGAAUCUAAACUCAUCAUGUUCAUCCUGAUGCUGCUGCUGUGGGAAGAAGUUUUCGACAGCGGCGUGGAAGCUGCUGUGCCACACUGUAUUAUGAUCUCACCGCUGGACACGAGCGAUAAGUUCUUCACCACCCGUAGGGAAGGCCUGCCGGACCGCCUGGCAACGAUUGGACAGUACGCGGACCGGCAGCUGUUUUCAGACGUCGGUCAGCGCUACGAUAGGUUAAGAGGCGUGCGGAGUGGCUGGUGUGAUUGGAACGUGUUUCCCAAACAGCAGAUAAUGGAAAUCUGUGUCGCCUUCGGAGGGAAGCGGUUGUCCGAUCUGCUCAAGACGCUCACGAACAACCUCGCUGAUAUGGACAAGGGUUUUCCUGACGUGGUGCUACGGCGGCCGAAGGGCGCCGAUUUUGGAGCUGGCGGGUCUAGCAGUGGCGGCGGCAGGGACGAGCGCGAUUGGAAAGCGAGGACCCACUUCGGGCUCGGAUGGCAGGGCCACGGUCACGGUUGGGAGGUGGAGGUUGUGGAGGUCAAGUCGAAGGGCGACACCAUCAGCAAGGAGCAGAAGGCCUGGCUGGCUGAGCUGGAGGACAUUGGCGUGCCCGCGAUGGUGUCUCGGGUAGUGGCCGAGAAUGAGGCCGUGCCCAAGAAGCGAAGCCGGUCGCGGUAGAAAAUGGCCGACUCGAUCGUGCCAAGCGGGGAACGUCCGCAACUCGUUUUACCACAAACUUGUCGAAGCACACAAUAUUUCUUGUUCGGCACCAUGGCGAGUUUCAAGACGAUUUGCACAAGGGCAGUGCAUUACUCAAGUGGUAUGAUAGAGCCAGGACUGAACCCUGAUGCAUGGUCACACAACAUGAGCUCCCAAUGUCAUUGUUGGUGGUGUUGUUGUGUUCACCUGGAAAAAAACGCUCGGGUUGUAACGUCCGUUCCUGUCAAACUGACGCGGACGGACGCCUUCCGUGGUCCCAGGCCAAUUACCCCCAAAAUGGUACACACUUCGAAAUAUCGAAGAAGGCGAAAAGGACCCACAAUAACAUCACAAACGCGAAAAACAAAUAAAAACUUAAACAGCCAG